AUGCACAUCAAGCGGGUCACGCUGACUUCGAAGAAGAACUGGUGGAUGGUCGAACUGGAUGAAGAGGAGAAAGAGAAAAACAGCGCUCCAGCGAAUAUCUACUCGUCGGAGGAGACCGCAGUAAAUCUCGAUGCGCACCCGCACCGGACUGUCCACAAUCGCCCAUCACGCCCAUUCGACCAAUCUCCACAUCCAACCGCCUCAGUGAUUCCAGUAUAUACCCCUUCCCAUAAUCCAACUGCCAUAUUCUCCUUCCCCACCCCAACAUCGUACUCCGCUCAUCCUAAUCCCACUCAAAACUUGGCUCCUUGCGCAGCCGGCUCCGCUUCCGAACUGUUCAAGUGCAUAGUCAAGAAGCCCAAUGUUGUGCAGCUGGAAAUUAACGGCGAGAUGCAGACAAAUGCCAAAGAUGUGACCACGCAGUUCCUUGCCGAGCUUCGUGUCUACACCACCCUCACGCGCCACAGGAACAUCGCAGCCUUCCUCGGCUGCCUCGAGAAUGUCGGGAUGGUACUGGAGUACAUCGAGGGGCGCACUCUCUUCGACGUAGUUCGAGAGAGCCCCGUACUCACAAGGAACAAGAAGAUCGAUUUCCACAACCAGCUCCUGGACGGACUGACACACCUGCACUCUUUCGGCCUGAGCCACGGUGAUCUUUCGUUGCUUAACGUACAGGUGACCCACUCUUCCGAUACUAUUAAGUUGUUGGACUUUGGCCGCUCUGUGGCUGCGGACUCCGUCUAUGCGUCGCCAAGCGAUGACACGGUAGAACCUCCCCCUUUCUCGCCCACACUUGUUCCUCGGGCCAACUCCCGUUUCGUCCCAAAACCGCCAUACAUCCAGCAUCCCCCACUCCCGAUAGCUCCGCCGCCACCACCAAGGAAAGUCGAACAGAUACACCCUGGUACGCGGCCAUUCUCCGCACCCGAGAUUCUUCGCGCGGAGUGUCAGGAUGCGCGCCUGGCAGACGCGUACAGUUUUGGCAUGAUUCUCAUAUGUCUGGACCGGUGCGAUCUCGUCGAUGUCAAACCAUGGGACCAGCGGAAGGAUUUGUUGCCGCAAGGCUUCCUCGACGGCCUGGAGGUAUUCCGUGAAAGGUGUGAGGAUUAUUUGAGGCGGUGGGACAAGGGGCGCCGGAGAUUGGUGCGGGAGGACAUGAUGGAUGUUGAUGCACACAUGGAACUCUGA